AUGGUAUUCAGGGCUUUCAACACAUGCCCCAUCGAUCAAGUCCGGGUGGUCAUCAUCGGCCAAGAUCCUUACCACAACACUGAGCAAGCCGUUGGAUUGAGCUUCUCUGUGCCACCCGGCAAGGCCGUCCCAUCGAGCCUGCAGAACAUCUACAAGGAGCUGCACAAUGACUGCGGAUGCAAAAUCCCCAAACAUGGCAACCUGGAGAAGUGGUCAUACCAGGGGGUCUUGCUACUCAAUGCAGUCUUGACAGUGCGCGCUCACACCCCGGCAUCACACUCCAAGAAGGGCUGGGAAACGCUGACGGAUGCUGCCAUAUCAGCACUCAGCGCCAGGCGUAAGGGGCUGGUGUUUCUGAUGUGGGGGAAAUUUGCACAGCAGAAGGAGCUGCUCAUAGACACCAAGAAGCACCAUGUGCUCAAAGCUGCGCACCCUUCAGGCUUCUCUGCAAACAAGGGUUUCUUUGGAUGUAGACACUUCUCAAAGGCCAACGCCUUGCUGGAGAAGGAAGGGCUGCCUCCCAUCGACUGGGAGAUUGACGCAUGA